AUGCAUAGCACUCGUGAGCAAAUAUUAUGGGGGCCGGAGGACUGGAAGAAUGGAGAGAGGCGUGGAACGAGCUUUCUGCGUGGGUUUGUCGUUGCGCGGCCGAGGCCGUGUGUUGUCUACUUGCACGGGAACUGCAGCAGCCGAUGCGAGGCGGUGCAGUGUCUGCCCGUGCUGCUCCCCUUUGGCAUCACCGUCUUCUGCCUUGACUUUGCGGGAUCUGGCAUGUCGGACGGCGAGUAUAUCUCCUUGGGUUUUCACGAGCGCGACGACCUGGCCACCGUGGUAGACUACCUGCGCGCAUCGAGGAAGGUUACUUGCAUAGGCCUCUGGGGCCGCUCCAUGGGCGCGGCCACGGCGCUGCUGCACGCGGACAGGGACCCCUCCAUCGCCGGGCUGGUGCUGGACAGCCCGUUCUCCGACCUCAGGGUGCUCUGCCAAGAGCUGGUCGACACCUUCACCGACGGGAAGGUGCCGCACUGGCUGGUCGGCAUCGCGCUCGCGGCCGUGCGCAUGUCCAUCCAGAGCGAGGCGCGCUCGCCACAGCGGACUCAUUCAUACCAGCGUGCUUCGUGGCUGCGAAGAUGGACAAUUUCAUCAAGCCCCAUCACACAAAGGAGCUGCACGAGGCUUACGCGGGGGACAAGAAUAUGGUGA